AUGAAGUGUCUUGUUGCUGUUUUGGUCUUUGUGGUGCUCGCAGAGGGACUUAAAGUAAAGAUCCCUCUGCAGAAGCACAAAUCCAUGCGUGAGGCCCUGAGAGACAAAGGGAUCGAGCUACCUUACCAGGAUCCGGCUCUCAAGUACUACCCCGAUCAGUUCGCCGGCUCUGCCAGCAUGUACAUCAAUAACUACGCUGAUACCACCUACUUUGGCGCCAUCAGUAUUGGAACACCCCCCCAGUCCCUCCAAGUGCUGUUUGACACCGGCUCUUCCAACCUGUGGGUGGACUCCACCUACUGUAACACUCAGGCCUGCAACGCACACACAAAGUUCGACCCCCAGCAGUCGUCUACCUUCUCUGCCAAUGGACAGAGUGUCUACCUACCCUAUGGAGCUGGAAGCCUCUAUGGACAGUUGGGCUAUGACACUGUCAAUGUAGGCAGCAUUGUGGUCACAAACCAGGAGAUCGGUCUGAGCACACAGGAGCCUAGUAACCCCUUUCUGGCUGCCAAGUUUGAUGGCAUCCUCGGCCUGGCCUAUCCAGCCAUCUCAGCUGGAGGACAGACUCCUGUCAUGGACAACAUGAUUUCUCAAGACCUGCUGAAUGACGACAUAUUUGCUUUCUACCUGUCCAGGGGAGGGCAGCAGGGCAGUGAGCUCUCUUUUGGAGGAGUGGACAACAGCAUGUACCAGGGCCAGAUCUACUGGACCCCUGUCACCUCUGAGACCUACUGGCAGAUCGGCGUUCAAGGAUUCCAGAUCAAUGGCCAAGAGACCGGCUGGUGCUCUCAGGGCUGCCAGUCCAUUGUGGACACUGGAACCUCAUCGCUGACAGCCCCAAGCCAGUAUAUGGGUAACAUCAUGCAGGCCAUUGGAGCUCAACAGAGUCAAUAUGGAAUGUACAUGGUGGACUGCAGCCAAAUCAACAACCUGCCAACUCUCAGCUUUGUUAUCAGCGGUACUGCCUUCCCUCUGCCUCCUUCUGCUUACAUCGAACAGCAAAACCAGAAUGGAUACCAGUUCUGUUCAGUGAACAUCAACCCCACCUACCUGCCCUCUCAGAAUGGCCAGCCCCUGUGGAUCUUUGGAGACGUGUUCCUCAGAGAGUACUACUCCGUCUAUGACCGCACCAACAACCAAGUCGGCUUUGCAUCAGCUGUCUAA